GAGAGCCUGACUCAGGCGCUGCUGCUAUUAGAACAGCUCCAGCCCUGCAACUCCCUGCUGGGGUGAGUUCCGCAGAGAUGAAGCAAGCAAACUGGUGCUGGCUGGGCUCAGCGUUCCUCGCCACUUACAGCUUUUUGGUUGUGGCAAACAAUGAAACAGAGGAAAUUAGAGAUGAAACAGCAAGGGACGCCUGCCCGGUGAGACUAGAAAGCCGAGGGAAAUGCGAUGAGGGAGGAGAGUGCCCCUACCAGGUGAACCUGCCCCCGCUGACUAUUCAGCUCCCAAAGCAGUUCGGCAGGAUCGAGGAGGUCUUCAAAGAAGUCCAGGAUCUCAAGGAAAUCAUAAAUAGUCUAAAGCAGUCUUGCCAAGACUGCAAACUGCAGGCUGACGACAACCGGGUCCCAGGCAGAAACGGACCGCUGUUGCCCAGCACGGGAACCCCGGGAGAGACUGGCGACAACAGAGUUAGGGAAUUAGAGAGCGAGGUCAACAAGCUGUCUUCAGAACUCAAGAAUGCAAAAGAGGAAAUCGACGUACUUCACGGCCGCCUGGAGAAGCUGAAUCUUGUCAAUAUGAACAACGUAGAAAAUUAUGUUGAUAGCAAAGUAGCAAAUCUAACAUUUGUCAUCAAUAGUUUGGAUGGCAAGUGUUCAAAGUGUCCCAGCCAAGAACAAAUAGACUCACGUCCGGUUCAACAUCUUAUAUAUAAAGAUUGCUCUGACUACUAUGCAAUAGGCAGAAGAAGCAGUGAGACCUACCGAGUUACACCUGAUCCCAAAAAUAGUAGCUUUGACGUUUACUGUGACAUGGAGACCAUGGGAGGAGGCUGGACAGUGCUGCAGGCACGUCUUGAUGGCAGCACCAACUUCACCAGAACGUGGCAAGAAUACAAAGCAGGCUUUGGAAACCUCAGAAGAGAAUUUUGGCUCGGGAAUGAUAAAAUCCAUCUUCUGACCAAGAGUAAGGAAAUGAUUCUGAGAAUUGAUCUUGAAGACUUUAAUGGUAUCAAACUAUAUGCCUUGUAUGAUCAGUUUUACGUGGCUAACGAGUUUCUCAAGUACCGUUUACACAUUGGUAACUAUAAUGGCACAGCUGGAGAUGCCUUACAUUUCAGUAAACAUUACAACCAUGACCUGAAGUUUUUCACCACCCCAGAUAAAGACAAUGAUCGAUAUCCUUCUGGGAACUGUGGGCUCUAUUAUAGUUCAGGCUGGUGGUUUGAUGCAUGUCUCUCUGCAAAUUUAAAUGGCAAAUAUUAUCACCAAAAAUACAAGGGUGUCCGUAAUGGGAUUUUCUGGGGCACCUGGCCUGGUAUGAGUGAGGCACACCCUGGUGGCUACAAGUUCUCCUUCAAAGAGGCCAAAAUGAUGAUUAGACCCAAGCACUUUAAGCCAUAAAUCAGUAAUGCUCAUCCCUCCAGGUAUUAAUUAUCUAGGCAAUUAAUUCCUUCAGGACUUUGGAAUUUGCCUUGUUUUAUAUUCCUUUUCCAUGGCUAAAAGAAUUACCUCUGAGCAGUAGGUUUCUAUGCUAUACAGCAUUUGAAAUAAA